AUGCAUGAACCUGCAAUCCAAAUCAUCACCCGCCCACCAGAGCCGCCGGAUCCUGAGUCCAAACCUGAACCACUAGUCGUCUGGCGCGAUGAAAACGGAAAGAUUUACUUUCGCCACAAUCCAAUGCUUCCCAUGCUGCGAUAUCCAAGCAGCAAGGCGGCGAUAGAGAAGCCCGAUGACGAUCCAAGCAAAUGCAAGAGUUGCACUCGCGAGUGUCUUGUGGCUAUCCCAAAUGAAGAAAUGGAGAAAGAGAUCCGUGAACUUGUACUUGAGAAUGACAAAGACGAUGAAGAUCCCGAACCCAAGAAGCCCAAGUACAACUUCGACAGGGAAAUGGCCAUGCUAUCCAGAAAAGGUGCCAGCAAAGUCGACAUCUACAAAGCCGGCAAGAGGAAUAAGAACAAGAGAGAGACACUUGAUGGUCUCUUAAAGGAGCGGGACGAACUCAAGAAAGAGAAAGUCGGUCUUUCAAAGGAGAGAUCGGCCCUGAUCAAAGCACUAAAGGUCAAGAAAGCAAACAAAAUCAGAGACGAAACACCCGCCAACAUCACAGAAAAGAACAUCGCAGAGAUGAAGAAACUCUCCGAGUUCAUCAGCGCCAGAAUCAAACGGUGGAAUAAACACGACGAGCCCAAGAGUGAACUGAUGGCGAAAGAGGACACCAAGUAUACCCUCGAGCAACUGUAUAAGCACCUCCCAAACUCUUUCGUCGACUUCGAAUAUGAGGAAGAGAUAGACGUGUGCCGUGUCUUGGACUUGCCCUGUUAUGGGAGAGCGUUUGGUGAGGAUAUUGAGGACCAUCUGCAUGGACCAGAGCAUAUGGCCUGGGAUCAGUCGAUGAAGGGGAAAGUCCCGCUUUAUCUUCAGUACAACCGAGUGAAGCGGGAGGUCGUUAAUGGUCUUUCAUACCAGGAGGGCUUGUUGGCUGAACUUGUAGUUGACCCUUAUUCUUACUAG